CUGCUGAACUCAGCUAUUACCAAGCCCGAUUUGCCUGGCAAGGACACUAGCCAACAGAUCGUCGGUCGGCGACUGUCGGUGCUGAAGCCUCUGCUUCAGACGGACAUCUUCUUCUCGGCCAGUCUGGCCAGCCUGCGUGUCCACGAGGUGUACUGCAGCAGACAAGUGGUGUGCGGAUUCGGAGCGGCGAGCCGGCGUGACACAUUUGAGUGCAGAGACGGAGACGCCGAAGCGGCGAGACGAGGAGGGCCGGUGAACGAGGAUAUUAGAGCAAAAGCAGAGAAUGAGAAGAGACUGGAUGCAGACAAAGGGGACUGGUCAAGGGCGGGUCUGACGCCGACUGCGGCUCUUGUCUCUAGCGCCACCUCGUUCACUCAACUCUUCUCAAGCUCGGUCAACUUUUUCAGAGAAGGCGACGGCGACGGUGACGGUGAAUGUAGUUUGGACCGGUCGGCCAACCAACUCGCCGGAGCCGGACGGUGGAAAGGAGGAGGCACUUUGGGCUCGAGCAUGCAACGACCAGAUCUUUUGCAACUGCUUUUGCACGCGCAAGACGAGUUCGCGUUUGACGAGCGGCCAUUGGCCGAGUCCGCUCAGAGAGGCGGUGAAGACGAGGAGGACAAGGAGGGCGAGGAAGGCGACGAGGGCGAGCAACAGAACAGUCAACUGGAGGACGGGACAGAGUAUGCGCAGAGGGACAAGGCCGAAUUGGAGGGAAACCGAUUUUCCGGCCGAUCCAUAAAGUUGCGGCACCUGCUCGGCCAGUUGGUGGACCUGUUCGACUUGACCCUCUUCCUCGAUCGCUACUUUCUGCUGCUGAUGGUGAUUUCAGUGCUCGCUCAGCUCACCUACUUCAUCCCUUUUGUCUACCUCAUCGACUACGCCCGAGAGGCUAACAUCCCCAAAGACCACGCAGUCUUCAUGCUCGGUGUGCUCGGUAAGGCUCUGAGUGCGGUUGCUUGA